GCAGGGGAGUAAUGGGUCAGCAGGACAGAUCAAAACUGGAUCAGCACGGUAAAGCAAUAAUGGAUCUCACCCAACUGAUGAUGAACGGAGACAAUGCCCUCACAGUGGUUGCAGUGUGGGGAUCAAGUGAUAAUCUAGUGCAGGCAUCCAUUAUCAAAGGGGCUUAUGAUCAAUUGAAGAAGGACAUGACGUUUGAAUGUCAUGCCAGGGUCAGGGUUAUGCAUCCUUUGAAUGUAAUAGAGCUUCUGCAAAUCAUCAUCAGGCAAUUCUAUGUGAGUUUUCUUCAACAAAGGUCGAGGACACAAGAAGAUGACACUUUGUGGAUGCAAAUUUUGCACAGUAUGGGAACUAUGAAGGAAGAUGGUCUAGCUUAUGCUUUCAUGAAAUUACUGAAUGAGAAAAGUUAUCUAAUUGUGUUUGAUGACCUGCACACCAUUGAAGAGUGGGAUCGUAUGAAAUCAUGCUUCCCGGACAACAAGAAAGGAAGCCGAAUUAUUCUGACCACCGAGCAAGUUGAAGUUGCAAGCUUAUGCAUAGGGUCAGAGAAUGUAGCCCUAGAUCACAAGCAUUUGUCUUCCGAUCGAAAUGUUUUUGCUUUCUACAAGCAGGAUUCUGAAGAUAGAACGAACUCAAUGGAGGCAGGGUCUAGCUCUAAUUCAGCCAGUACCGGUAGCAACAUCUCAGAGGACAGGAAGAUCCUUAAUCGGAUAAGGACGCUAAAAGCAACUUUCAAGGAUUCUCAGCUAAUUGGGCGAGAAAGAGAACAAUUUGAUAUUAUCAAACUAAUUACAAAUGAAAAUCAACACCUUGAGGUGAUAUCUGUGUGGGGAAUGGGUGGCAUUGGGAAAACCAUGCUGGUCAGAGCUAUGUGCCAAAAUCAAGGGCUAAUGGACCAAUUUGAAAAGUGUGCUUGUGUCGCCGCUAUGCGUCCUUUGAAUGUCGAUGAGCUCCUCAGAAGUGUAGCUCUGCAAUUUGGUUAUAAAGAUGCCAUUGACUUGACUAGAAAGUUAGAAAACAUGAAAUACUUGAUUGUUUUUGAUGACAUAGUAUCCACUGCAGAAUGGAACAUUAUAAUACCAUAUUUUCCUGCUACAGACACAUCAAGCAGGAUCAUAGUGACUACAAGGAUGGAGCAUAUUGCUAAACAUUGUUCGAAGAAGGAGGACAACAUAUACAAUCUCCGAAGUCUGGGAUAUAGAGAUGCACGAGCCCUCUUCACAAAAAAGGUGUUUGGCUCGAUCAUAGAUAUUGAUGAGCGUUGUCCAGAGUUGAUCGAAUCAACAAAUCUGAUUCUGAAGAAGUGCAAUGGACUUCCCUUAGCGAUAGCCACCAUAGGGGACUUCUUGGCAACCCGACCAAAAACCAGCGAGGAGUGGAUGAAACUAAGUGAGCAUAUCAGUGCUGAGUUGUCCAUGGAUCCAAUUCUUGAGACAGCAAAAAAAAUCUUUAUAAGAAGCUAUGAUCGUUUACCCUAUCACCUCAAGUGUUGUUUUUUGUAUUUGUCCAUAUUUCCUGAAGAUUAUAUAAUUAGACGGAGAUUGUUAGUACGGCGUUGGAUAGCAGAAGGUUACAUAAAAGAGGUGCGUGGCAAGUCUGCAGAAGAAAUAGCAGACAACUACUUCAUUCAACUGAUAGACAAGGGCAUGAUCCUACCAUCUAUGCCAUCAGCUUUUACCAGAAAAGAAAUUGACUCAUGCCUACUCCAUGAUCUUAUCCGUGGAGUAGGCACCUCAAAGUCAAUGGAAGAAAAUCUUGUUUUCAGAUUGGAGGAAGGCUGCAACUUGAACAAUCAUUGCACAGUGCGUCACCUUGCUAUAGAUGGCAACUGGGAAAGAGACCAAAGAGAGUUCAAGAGGAUAAUGGACCUCUCACGUGUGAGGUCAAUAACAGUAUUUGGAAAGUGGCGGCCAUAUUUUAUUUCUGAACAGAUGAAGUUGCUACGAGUGUUAGACUUGGAAGGCACUUCAGGUCUACUUAAUCAUCACCUGGAGCACAUCGGGAAGUUUCUUCAUCUGAUUUACAUUUCUGUAAAAGGAUGUGGUGAAAUUUUCCGCUUGCCAGAUUCAUUGGGUAACCUGAGGCAACUCCAGACACUAGAUGUCAGAGGGACAUCCUUGGUGAUGCUGCCAAAAGCCGUCACCAAGCUUCAGAAGUUGCAAUAUCUCCUUGCUGGUAGCAAAUCGGCAGAUGUAGAAGACGGGCUUCUGGCUAUAGGACCGGUGUGCUGUGCUGCAUGUUGUGCACCUCAUCUUGCUGGCAUUGAUGGCUUCAACCGGCGUGAUGCAUGCACUCUGGCUUGCUGCGUUGCAGUCCCUUCUGUUAUGAUGGGCCUACAUGCUGGUGGAGUUACGGUGCCAAGAGGGGUGAGUAAACUGGAAGCUCUGGACACACUGGGUAUAGUGAACCUCGCACGGGAAGAUGCUGUUAUACAUGAGAUAAAAAGGCUCACCGGGCUGCGUAAGUUGGGUGUAGUUGGCAUCAACAAGAAAAAUGGUUUAAACAUUUGUUCAGCCAUUUCUAAUCUCAGUCACCUCGAGUCGUUGUCUUUGCAGUCGGAUGACGAGACAGGUUUAUCUGGAUGCAUUGGUGCAUUUUCCUCGCCUCCAGAUAAGUUGCAGAGCCUCAAGCUGCAUGGUAACCUUAGCGAGUUGCCUGAGUGGGUACCAGAGCUCUGGAAUCUUGUGAAGCUGAAGUUACAGGGCUGCAAGAUAUUGGAGCAUGCUGCUGCCAUACAACUCCUCGGGAGCAUACCCAGCCUUGCUAUCCUGUGUCUAUGGAAGCAAUCCUUCAAAGGUGAAGAGAUCCGUUUCAAUUUCCAGCCGAAUGCGUUCCCAAGCCUGAAGGUGCUGGGAAUGGAUCACCUAGGUGACCUCAAAUCUGUGGAGUUUGAAAAAGGAGCAAUCCCUAAGCUUGAGCUGCUGCAGUACUCUGGUUUGCAGCCCCAAAACAACAGUCGAUUGUUUUGUGGGCUACCGUAUCUGCCAAGCCUCCGGACAGUUCAGAUACAUGGUCGCUAUGCCUUCAUUGAAGAUUUGCAGGCCCAACUUGCCAUGAAUUCAAACAACCCUGUUUUGAAUGUAAUUGAGCUCCAGAGUUGAUUUCAUAGUUGGGUCUCAGUAGUUUUGUAUCUCCCUGAUUCAAUCUGCGUGCCGUAAUUGGCAUUCUUCCGUGUCUCCGGACGAUAUGUACCCCAAUCAAUACUUUUUUUUCUCAUGUUUUCUGUAUAAUUUUGCUUUAUACCUCAAAGAUAACUGAUAGUCUUAUCAGUUGGUAGAUUUACCUGC